AUGGACCUUUCUUUAUGUAGACUGAUGGAUUAUGAUAACUCUAGAAGACACAAUCAAAGUACUUCCAAAAAGAGGACUCGUUUCAAUUCUGAUGAUGGAAAGAGGAAACGGCUAAACUACAGGCAGGAUGGCGGACAUAUGUCCUCUCAGCCAAUAGAAACCGUUUACAGGAUAUUGUGCCCAGGAAAAAAGAUCGGCGGUGUCUUGGGGAGAGGUGGUCAUGUUGUUAAGGCCCUUAGAGAGGAGACUAAAGCAAAGAUAAGGGUUGCUGAUUCUAUUCCUGGUGCAGACGAGAGAGUAAUUAUUAUAUUUGAUUACCAAAAUAACUCCGACCAAGCUAUUCAAAAUAUUUCUAAUGUUGAUGGCUCAGAGAACAUGAAGCCCCGUUGUUUUGCUCAAGAUGCGUUGUUGAAGAUACAUGAUAAGAUUGCUGCUGAUGAAGAUUCCAACGAUGGAGUUUCCUAUGAGAAUUCUGAAACUGCUGGUGAUGUGACUGCUCGAAUUUUGGUUCCAGGCAAUCAAGUUGGCUGCCUGCUGGGAAAAGGUGGCUCUAUUAUACAACAAUUGCGAAAUGAUACUGGUGCAGGGAUCCGUGUCUUACCAUCGGAAAACCUUCCUCAGUGUGCACUUAAGAGUGAUGAAUUGGUGCAGAUAUCUGGUGCACCUUCUCUUGUAAGAAAAGCUCUCUACGAGAUAUCUACUCGUCUCCAUCGGCAUCCUCGUAAAGAAAAUCCAUCUCUUGAAGAAAUUAUAGAUGCAAGCACACAAAGGAAGCGCGAGUCCCCACCACCGCUACCACAUGAAAAUCACAUGUUACCACACCUGCAUGUGGAUCAUCCACCACCAAUGUCCUUGCUUGAUCCAUAUAGAAACGGACCAUUGCAAUAUCCUGUUCCUGAACCAGAAGAGUUUUCUAUUAAAAUUCUGUGCCCUUCUGAGCUUAUUGGACCUGUUAUUGGCAGAAGUGGGGCAAAUGUUCGGCAGGUAGAGCAGCAGACUGGUGCUCGCAUUAUGGUUCAGGAGUUGCCCAAAGAUGCUUCUGGAGAAAGGUUGAUUGUUAUUUCAUCCAAGGAGAUUCCGGCUGAUCCAGUAUCCCCAACAAUCGAGGCACUUAUUUUGCUCCAUAGUAAAGUAAGUGAGAGCAAAGUAAGUGAACCUUCAGUAAGUGCACCUUCAGAAAGUGCACCUUCUGAGGAGCACAACUUGGUUACAAGACUUGUUGUACCAUCAAGAAAAGUUGGUUGUAUUAUUGGGGAAGGUGGGAAGGUAAUUACUGAAAUGAGAAGGCGUAUUGGGGCUGAAAUCCGAGUUUAUUCGAAAGCAGAUAAACCAAAGUACUUAUCUUUUCACGAUGAGCUUGUGCAGGUUUCUGGGUCUCCAGAUAUUGCAAGAAAAGCCAUCACAGAGAUUGCUUCGAGGCUUAGAGAUAGAAUCCUCAGAGAUGGAAUUUCCUCUUUUGAUGGUCCUCCUGCUGAUAUAUUUCCUAGCAGGGAAUUCACACUGUACGGAAGACCUGCUAAUCCACCAUAUGGAAGGCUUGCCAAUGAUGCCCCUUAUGGAAGGCCUGCCAAUGAUACCCCUUAUGGAAGGCCUGCCAAUGAUACCCCUUAUGGAAGGCCUGCUAAUGAUUCCCCGUAUCAAAGGCGGCUUGCCAUUGAUCAACCAUAUGGGCUUGCCAGUGAUUCACUAUAUGGAAGACCUGCCAAUGAUCCGCUAUAUGGGAGACCAGCCAAUGAUCCACUAUAUGGGAGACCAGCCAAUGAUCCACCAUAUGGAAGACCUGCCAACGACACACCAUAUGGGAGACCUGCCAACGACACACCAUAUGGGAGACCUGCCAACGAUGCACCAUAUGGCAGACCAAACAAUAAACCCCAUGAUUCAGUAGAUUACUUCUCUAAAAGAAGAGAGUAUCCUAGUGGAAGUCCAUUUGCUAGCGACGCUCCACCAUCUGCUUCUUAUGAUAGAUAUGCAGCAUCUGCUCGCUUGCCUACUAGAGAAAUGCCCUUGCCUGUUAGUCCUGGUGCUGAUUACAUGUCGCAUCGUUCUUAUCAUGACCAUAUGCCUACUGAUAGCUAUUCUAGUAGAGGCAUUCAGCAAUUAGGCCUCUCAAGAACUGGGAAUAGUAAUAUGCAACAAUUAGGCGUCACCAGAGCUGGAAAUUCCAAUGCUUAUGAUUACACUGAGGCUGCCGGGCAGAUGCAUGGACGUGAGGAUUAUCAAAGAGCGGCAGAUGUUACAGGGUAUUCAAGUAGCUCUGUUGAGCUGAGGAUUCCAAAUAGUUCUCUGGAAUCUAUUGUUGGAGCUGGUGGUGUCAAUCUAGCAGAGAUCCGCCAGAUCUCUGGUGCAAGAAUGAAGUUACUUGAAGCCCGUCCCGGUUCUUCGGAAUCCAUCAUGGAGAUCCAAGGUAUGCCGGACCAAGUGAGAGUGGCACAGAGCCUUUUGCAAGGCUUCAUUGGUGCCAACAGCCAGAGCGUGCAGCCAUCCCAGUCUUCUCGCGACGUCCAUUAUCCAAGGUGGAACUAA